AUGGAGGCGGAGUUACCCCACAGGACCCGGAUCCAGUGCACGGAGGAGGAUGGGCUCAUUGGAGACUGGAUGGAGGGGAAUUCCACCAAGCCCUGCCAGAGGCCAUUCGAGGCAGGAGACAUCACGGUGGCCCUGCUGGCAGGUGCCCUGCAGCGGAGAGCGACCUCCAGCUGCACCGCCCUGGAACAAGACCAGGACCUAGGCCUCGAGGGGACCCUCCCAUCAGACGUCCUCUAUAGGAGUGUGGCCUUCCUCAAUCUGGUGGACCCCAUCUCCCACGACCUGCUUGUGAACCUGGCCCGGGACCUGCAGUGCCCCAAGGCGGACUAUGAGCUCUGGAAGUCCUCCGACAAGACCUGCCGGCAGCUCAUCUACCACCUCACCCCUCACUCCAAGCGGCAGCAGGGGUCCAGCCUGCCCCGAAGGAAGACCCAGAGCUGCCUCAAGAGCAACCUCCAGAAGACUCUGCCGGCGGGGGAGACCGUGAACCUAUCGGGGAUACCACUGUCGAUGCGGGACGUGCAGCAUAUCAUGCGCUACCUGGGCAGCCAGGGCACCAGGCUGGCAGUGCUGGACCUGAGCUUCACGGGGCUGAGUGAUGAGUUGCUGCACCGGCUGCUGCCCAGCCUCUGGACGCUGCCCCACCUCACCCAGCUUCUGCUCAACGGCAACCGGCUGACGCGGGCUGCCGCCCGUGAGCUCACUGAGGCCAUCAAGGACACCACCAAGUUCCCGGUGCUGGCCUGGGUGGACCUGGGCAACAACGUGGAUGUGGCCUCCCUGCCCCAGUCCCUGCUGGUUGGCCUGCGCCGGCGGCUAAGCCAGCACACCUCGCUGCCCACCAUCUACGAGAGCCUGGACCCAGAGCCUGAGGGUGGCAUGGCCGGGGCCACGGCCCUUGCCUCCACCUGGGGCUCUGUAGCUGCCGGGCCAGGGCCCGAGCCCCAGGCCUGCUGCACCAGGUGA